UACGAGAGUAGUACGAAUACCUACAUGGGGGAUCUGUACACUGAACACGUGCUGUGGAUCAGAAUGUCCCGCAAGUACCAGAUAUACCUGCUCACCAUUUACCUGCCCAGCUCAUCACUCGCAGUGCUCAAUUGGGUAAACUUCUGGAUUAACCCAGAAUGUACCCCGGAGCGAGCGGGGCUGACCAUAACUCUGGCCCUAGCUCAAAUAGUGUUGCUGGUCGGGACAGCUCAGCGGUUUCCUUCAACCAGCGACUUCAAGAUGGUCGAUCUUUACCUCCUCGUCUGUUUUCUGUUCCAAAUCGCAUGCCUGAUCGAAACUGUUUUGGCUGCCGUGCUUUUCAGAAACGGCGAGAAAAAGGAGCAAAAGCAAAAACUUGUCGCCAAAUCAGACAAGGGAUUGACUAGCACUGGCCUUGAAGAUGACACCGAUGAACUCAAAUACCUCCCAGCCCCCGAGAAUAACCCGCUGGACAAUAGAGUGGACGAAAUCAGUCGCGUUGUGUUCCCUUCUGCCUUCCUUAUGUGGAAUGUGAUCUUUUUUGGACUCAGCUUCUAUUUCACAAGAUAAACGUCGAUCAAGAGUGACUCGUGCUCGGAAACUAUAACUGAUUACUAAUUCUACUAACUCAGUUACCAAUUUUCUUGUUGUAGAUCAAACUUUUUCCAUCAAUUACGUUCAAAAUUUUUCUUUUACUCCAAGACUUUAUGAGGGACCUUUUCCCUUAUAAUGUCGUGAUGUAAUUGUACGCUUGCUUCUGCCUAUCCUCUUGUCUCAUAUUGGCAACUGCGACUGAAA